CAGGAAGAACAGAAGGAAGAAGAACAAAGUAUCGCCAGCGAAGGACGUCCUAACAACAGCAUGGCAGAGUUCAUCACAAGAAGUACCGGAACCGUUGAAUAAUCAAUCGUCGAUACCAAAGGUCUGUGACGAGAAAAUCGGAAAGAACGUCAACGAUUUGAAAUCGGAAGACGAUUUUAAGAAGACGAAGAGGAAACCGACCAAUGAUGAUGAGGAUGCAACGAGAAGUGGGACAAAGUUUGCCGAUAGAGUGUACAAUGUCAUCGAUAAGUUGGAGAAGGUCAGGAUAAAGGACGAUAUGUAUUUAGCUGGUGAUUUCAAUUCCGAGGACUUGGAGAGUGACUUCUUCUACAGCUCUGAUGAUAUGGAAGACUUCUGCGAUGAUACAACAUCCGACGCCGACGAUUCCGGCGACGAGUGCUACGGGAGUCUACCCCCGGAGCCUCGUUUCGGGAACGUCGAGUACAAACUGCAGCUGGUCUCGCCGUGCGAGCGACGCUUCCAGCACCUGGUGACGCAACUGAAGUGGCGGCUGCGCUCGGGCGGCGGCGCGGUGGUGUACGUGGUGGGCGUGCGUGACUGCGGCGCGCUGCGCGGGCUGCGGGCGGGCGCGCUGCGGGACAUGGCGCGCGCGCUCGGCGCCGCGCUCGUGGGCGCGCGGGCCCGCCGCGUGGUGCCCGCGCGCGCCUUCGCCGAGGUGUACAUCCGCAAGCUGGCGGACACGCAGCAGAACGUCGAGCUGCGGGUCGCGGUGAUGGGGGCGAACGAGGCGGGCAAGUCGACGCUCAUAGGCGUUCUCACUCAAGGUGAACUCGAUAACGGUAGAGGGAGCUCUCGCCUGAACAUGUUCAGGCAUUUGCACGAAGUGAAAAGUGGUAGGACGUCCUCGCUCAGCCACGAGAUACUCGGCUUCGAUGCUCAGGGUAAUGUCGUCAACUACGGUUGUUCCGAGCUGAUGACAGCGGAGCGCAUCGGAGAGAGCAGCGCCAAGCUGGUGUCUUUCCUGGACCUGGCGGGCCACAGCAAGUACCAACGCACCACGCUCCACGGGCUCACGGGUUACUCCCCGCACUACGCCAUGCUCGUUAUUUCGGCAACAGCCGGUAUAACUCGCAUCACAGAAGAACACAUCGGUCUUCUGCUGGCUUUGGACAUGCCGUUCUUCGCAGUCAUCAACAAGUGUGAACUGGUUAGCAACAUUAAUGCUGUUGUAGCGAGGCUGGCUCAAUUGUUGGAACCCGCUAAUAAGAAACCGCUGUUAAUAACUGACGAGAAUAUGGCAAGGAACUGGGUUGCGCCGCAAAAGUCGAUACUGGACACCAUAGACAAUGUAGACGAGGAAAUCAAAAAGGAUGAGGAGGUGGCCGUGUUCCCGGUGAGCUGCGUGCGCGGCGCCGGUCUCAACGCGCUGCACGCGUGCCUGCUGGUGCUGGCGCCGCGCCGCGACCUGCAGCACCCCGAGGACGAGGCGUGCGAGUUUCAAAUAGACGAAAUUUUCCACGUAGGGGACUCGACGGGGCCCGUCGUGGGGGGACUGCUCGCGCGAGGGCGACUCUACGAGGGCGACGAACUUAUCAUAGGACCUCUGGAGUCCGGCGAGUUCGCGGAGAUAUCCGUGCGCACGAUAUACCGCAACCGCGUCACGUGCGGCAGCGUGCGCGCGUGACAGUCGGCGUCGCUGGGCCUGGGUCGCUUCCCGCCUGGACUGCGGCAGGGCAUGGUGCUGCUAGCGCGGCCGGGGGGCUACGCCGCGGGACUAUCAGAAGUAGUCCACUCGUCGCAAGCUUCGGAGAAGAAUCGAAAGAACGCGAGGAGACAGAACAAGAAUAUCCUCCAGGACAUCGCCAACGUGAAGAACAACCUCACGAAGACAUUGGACACCAAGUGCACGAACGACAAGUGCGUGUGUGACGACCUGGUGUUUCUCGAAGAUCCAAACGACCCUAGACGCUGUAUAUACUUUCAGGCAUCCGUGCAUGUCCUGAGACACUCCACGGCCAUCUACCCAGGGUUCCAGUGCUCUGUGCAUGUCGGGAACGUGCGUCAGACGGCCAUUAUCGAGGGUAUAAUGUCUCCGAACAACGUGCUGAGGGCGGGCGAGGGGGCCUCCGUGCUGUUCAGGUUCGCCCGCUGACCGGAGUACCUCGUGCGGGGCCGCCGGCUGCUGUUCACGGCGGGGCUGGGGACCAGAGCCAUCGGCCGGGUCACGCAAACCUUCCCGUACAUACCAUGAGUUCUAUAGAACACGGCUCCAAUGUAAAAUUCGAGAUCUCUCUAGAAUAUUCUAGAUAAAUUAAAUAUAUUAAUUGUA